AGGGGAGGGCUGGGCCUCCAGGGGGACCUUUCCAGCAACAGCCUCGUCUGUCCCAUGGAUGUGGAACAAAGCUGCUCCCUGAAACAUUUAAUCAAAUAGAUUUAGACCUUGCUUAAGUGUCAAGAACUGCCUGCUCCCUUUGGCCCAGUAAACCAAGCUUCUGUAUUUUAACAGCAAAGCUUUGCAUCAUAACCAAAGAAGUUGAGUAUUGCAGACAGAACUACCAUAAUGUCCAGUUGCAAACAUAGAGUAAGGAAUGCAGCCGCCCUUGGAGUCCCCAGUUAGAGGACUUUUCUCCCAUUCCUUCAUAAGCCAAAGCAUGUUUAACAGCCAGCGUUAUUCACCUCUUCCAGUUCCAGACCCUUUCAGGCUUCUCACAGGACUGGCUUUGGAGAAUAACAUAGCACCAUCCUCCCCACAGACAUCUAUUCAUCACCCAGCCAGGCAGUUAUCCUUCUUUGCACAGGCACUACAAUUCCCAUCGCCUUUACCACCAAAACCCUUUUACAUGUCCAUAACAAAUACUGUCACUAUGCUUAUGUUGAGUUCUAAUAAUCCUAUAAAGCGUAAACAUUAGCAUUACUCAAAAGAAAUAAAAUUGCAAACAACAAAAUGGUAACCACUUUAAUGCAGGAUCUGUCAGAUUCCUGACAUCUAGUGGCUUCAUGUCGAUAUUGAGCAGCAUGGAGGGUAAGAUGAAACCCCAGAGCUUAAUAGCCAUGGGACUGAACAGAAAUCCACAAGCGGAACUGGCCUUAUAGAGAGGAACAGAAUCACUGUAGAACAGUAAGAUAUUGCAAUCAAUGGUAUCAAAAGAUGCUACCCAUGUGUACAGUUCAGUGGCCAAUGUAAUUCAGCUGGAAUAGGAAAAUGUGAGUUGAAGAAGAGCAGGCUGGUUUGAGCCUCCAACAGAUCAUAGUUUCCCAGAGGAAGGCAUGGUUGUCUGGUACUCUGAACCAGAUAUACUGCAAUACAGUUGGCCCUCCAUAUCCAUAGAUUUUUAUCAAUGGAAUUAAUCAUCUAUAGUUUGAAAAUAUUUUCUAAAAAAUAUAAAUUCCAAAAAGCAAAGCUUGAUUUUGACCUUUUAUAUUGUACCAUGCCACUGUAUUUAAUGGGACUUGACAUCCAUGGAUUUGGGUACCCCCGGCCUCACUGUAUUUUGCUACCAAUUCUUCUUACUCAAAGCUGUAGCUGACUCUGUGCAAUAAGAAUAAACUGUUUCCUCCCUGGAGACCUGAAGUCAUCAUGACUUUUUCCCUUUGCUCCUUACUGUGCUGUUGGCUCCCACCCAGCCUUUUUAAAAAUAACAAGCCAGCCCCUUGACUAAAGUAGCAAUAAGCUGUUCUGACCUCUGCCUAGCAGCAGGGAGGGGAGAAGUGGUAAGCCAAAGCACUGUUUUCCUCCUCCUUAGCUUUCCACAGCAGUCCUGCUCUGUUGCUGAGCAGCAGCCCAGAGGCUCUGGCUUUACUGCAUUUCGCCUGUCUGCCUGCCCCUGGGAUGACUUGGGCCUUCUGCUCUUAUCUCUGUUUGAGGAUCAGAUGAACUUCCUAGUUCUGCCCUCUGCUUGUCAUAUUCAGCCUCUUGUAGGUCCUUCUCUUAAAGACUCUCUUCUUGCCCCACGCUCCUGAUCGUUUUUGAGCUGGUGUUUGGUGGGACUGAUCUGCAGACGUUCCUUGCUCCUGUUUGGCUGAAGCUUAGAGGAUGAGAUGCCUGGGAAGGUGGUAAUUUGUUUUUUAGCCAGUGGAUAUAUGGCCACCUCUCAGAUGUGAAUUCCUCACAUUGCACUUGAGUUGGACUAUGUGACAUCAGGAAUUCUGGAAGCUGAAGUCCAAAACAUCUGGAUGACCAAAAAUUGGGAAUCACUGGCUUAGAUCAUCUCAGUGUUUCUGCUGACGCUGAAGGCUCCUUUUCCUAGAAUGUGGGGUCAUCAGCUGCUGAACCUAUUCUCUGGCUCCCAGCGCCUACUGAAAAAGGGAUCAAAUUGCUGGAUUCCGUGGCAGUUCAGACUGAGGAAAGUCUGCCCAGUUUUCACCCGCUGGCAUCACACCGUUCCAGAGUCACAAAACUGUGCCUGGCAAUUAAAUGAUGAUCACUUAGAGCUGAAAUUUGAGGACACCCUCAUGUGUUUUGAUUAUGUCUGGCUACGUGAUCACUGUCGCUCAGCAUCCUGCUACAACACUAAGACCAACCAGCGCAGCCUGGACACAGCCAGCGUGGAUCUCGGCAUCAGGCCUAAGUCUAUCCGAGUGGAUGAGACCACACUCUUUCUCACCUGGCCCGAUGGCCAUGUGACCAGAUAUGGCCUGGAAUGGCUCCUGAAGAACAGCUACGAGGGACAGAAGCAACAGGUUAUGCAUCCACGCAUCCUCUGGAAUGCCCAGAUUUACCAGGAGGCCCAGGUGCCCUCUGUGGAUUGUCAGAGCUUCCUAGAAACUAAUGAAGGCUUGAGGGAGUUCCUACAGAACUUCUUGCUCUAUGGGAUUGCUUUUGUGGAAAAUGUUCCCCCAACGAAAGAAGACACUGAGAUCUUAGCAGAGAGGAUUAGCUUGAUAAGAGAAACAAUCUAUGGCAGGAUGUGGCAUUUCACCUCUGACUUCUCUCGAGGAGAUACUGCCUAUACCAAGCUGGCUUUGGAUCGUCACACAGACACCACUUACUUCCAGGAGCCCUGUGGUAUCCAGGUUUUCCACUGCCUGCGGCAUGAAGGGACAGGUGGGCGGACGCUGCUAGUGGAUGGCUUCUAUGCAGCCGAACAGGUGCACCAGCAAGCUCCAAAUGACUUUGAGCUCCUCACUAAGGUGCCGCUGAAACACGAAUACAUUGAAAAUGUAGGGGGCUGCCACAACCACAUGAUUGGGGUUGGACCAGUUCUGAAUAUCUACCCUUGGAAUAAUGAACUCUAUUUGAUCAGAUACAACAACUAUGACAGAGCCGUCAUUAAUACAGUGCCGUAUGACACUGUGCGCCGCUGGUACAUUGCACACCGCACUCUCACCUCUGAGCUGCGGAGGCCAGAAAAUGAACUCUGGGUCAAACUGAAACCAGGCAAGGCUCUGUUUGUGGACAACUGGCGAGUUUUGCACGGACGGGAGUCUUUCACGGGUUACCGGCAGCUCUGCGGCUGUUACCUGACAAGGGAUGAUGUACUAAACACAGCUCGUUUCCUGGGGCUGCAAGCUUAAUGUGGUCUGAACCUCCGAUGGUGGUUUCUGCUUCAGAAACAGGAAAGCAUUUGGUUUACCUCACAGACCUGGCUUCUCUUUGCAAGAGGAGGAGAGGUCUCCACAGCGUUACUUGAUUGUCAGCCAGCUGGGACAGUUCAUUGCCUUUUCCUUGUUCCCACAGCUCCGUCCUCCCAAAAUGCCUUACUCCCUUGGCUUUAAAAGCCCAACUGAUGGGCUCAGUGUGAGCAUGGUUGAAUUGGGAGCUGUGUACAGGCCUACCACAGCACUCCAGAGGCCAGAUCUUGUGCCUUUUCCUGUUGAAAGCAGUCGUAAAGCUGUCCUCAGUUAAUCGCUGUUCUGUACACAGAUAUUUGAGAGCACAUUGGACAUAGUGCAAGUGAGGUGUUCUUGGAAAUGGGGGAACUGUGUUCAUCUUUAAGGAUGUGAAACUUCAGCAAAACCAGCAAGCAGGACUCAUUUCAAUUGUAGCUCUCUUCUUUCUACAAAAAUACACAAGUGCCCACUGCUAAAAGCUAAGUUUGGCCUCUCAGCAUCUUUUGCUCUCCACUGUCUGCUUUUUGCCUAAACUUGCCAUGCUGAUGGAAAAACACUCCUCUAGGAAGCUUUAUGGGAAAGAGAAUGAGGAGAACUGCUGAAGUGGAGAGGGAAGAUGGUGCUACAAGUUCUUCCCCAGUUCUUCAAAGAGCAGUUUUGCAACUACAAUACUUCUUUCCAAUUUUUCUCCAUUGUAUGCCUUCUUUUCAACAUCCCACAAGCAACACCUCAACUUCUCUUUCUGUGUUUUGUGGAGAAGGCACAGCAACUGAAUCAUGUCCUGUGCUGUAACCUUUCCUUGUACUUGCUUUCUCUUUCCAAAGAAUUACUCCUAUGUUUUUCUACUGCCAAUGCAAGACAAAGAGUCUGUACCUUUCCAGACUGAGAGGUGUUUUGGGAGGCCUGAAGUGGCUGGACUUCAUUCUGGAAAAUAGAAUAGACAAGAAAGGAAGCAAGAACAUUUCACUGAAUUUUCUGCAAAGAUCUGGAUAUCUACUGAAUCAACUAAAAAUUGUUGUGUUUUGACCUACCGCAGGGCGAGCAAUUUCUGGCCCUCCAGAUGUCAUUGAUUCGUCUGUCCCAUCAUCCCUUAUCUUUGCUGUGCUUAAAGUUGAUGAAAGUUUGAGUCCAACAACAUUGGGAGGGCAAAAGGUUGUCCACUUCUAACUUGGUCUUCCCAUAGUCAGUGACAACCUUGGUACCAGGCACUUACCAGGAAAAGCAGAACAGUUUGAUUGGGACAGAGUUAGUGUCAUGGACUCUGAAGUGACAAAACUGACUCUGAUGGCCAUUCUCAUGGCAGCCUUGCUGCACACCUAGGAAGGAGCACUGGGGAUUGCUAACAGCAAGUCCUCCAUAGGCCUCAAUUACUUUGGAUUAUGUGCUGACAUUCACCUGGAAUACCUUUGCAAGAAUCUAGCCUGCAAAAUAGAGUCCUCAGUGCUGUCUCACCAAAUAGACAUGUGAAUUGUUGUUGCUCCCAUGGACAUGGGAAGCCAUUUGCUAUCAUUCCUUGCAAGAAAGAGUCCUAUGAGCAGCAACCAGGGACCCCUUUUCAGUCCUAGAUUUGGACUAGAUGCCUUAUCUCCCUGUGUUAGGUUUAUAAAUAACCCAGUGGCCCCUUGGUUCCACUGGAUUUAGUUCCAGAACCUUAUGAAGGUACCAAAAUUCAUGGUAAAAUGGUGUCACUUAUUUUUUAAAAAUGGCAAAAUCAAAGUUUGCUUUUUAGAUUUUUUUUAAAUAUAUAUUUUCAAGCUGUGGAUGGUGGAAUCUGUGGAUGCAGAAUCUGUGGAUAAUGAGGGCCGAUGAUAAUAGUAAAACCCUUUCAGUAGAACUUGGAAUGGUGGCUAUUUGCCUACAUCCUUGGUUCACGCAGUCUUAAAAAUGGCUACAUAUGUGUAUGCUUUUGCAUUUACUGCCAUAAUGUAUGCCAUGCUCCAAAAGUGUUCUAAAAUGUUUUAAUUUUGUAAGCAAAAGGAUGUAGUAGCAUCACCAACUUAACUCCUAUCCCCUCUGAAAAUUAUGCACUUGUCCCUCUGUAUGGGAGUUUCUUGUUUUAACUAUGGGCUCUGUAACUGACUUUUCUGCACCAUUCUCUUCCUGCCAAUAAUAAAAAGAUCAGUGGCAUUUCUUUUCAGAA